AUGGUUGACGAUUCUUCAACCGACUCUAUAAUCUCGUGGAGUCCUAAUGGUGAUAACAGCUUCCUUAUCUCUGACACGGCCGUCUUCUCUGUUCAACUCCUCCCCAAAUACUUCAAGCACAGCAAUCUCUCUAGCUUCAUCCGUCAGCUCAAUAUCUACGGUUUUCGAAAAGUUGAUGCAGAUCGUUGGGAGUUUGCGAACGACGGGUUUGUAAGAGGCCAAAAGGAUUUGCUAAAGAACGUUACCCGGAGGAAAAACGCUCAAAUCAGUGAGCAUCAUCAGAGCAAAAGCGUCUACAAACAAGAAAGCACAAGCGACGAUGCUUCUCAGGGAAAGCCAGAGAAGAGUGGGUUGUGGAAAGAAGUUGAUAUCUUGAAAGGCAACAAGAACGCAUUAGCGCAGGAGCUGAUCAAAGUCAGGCAGUACCAAGAGACCACGGACACGAAGAUGUCACAUUUAGAAGACAGAGUGCAAGGAAUGGAAGAGAGCCAACAGGAGAUGCUUUCGUUCUUGGUAAUGGUUAUGCAGAAUCCAAGCCUCUUGGUUCAGUUGCUUCAGCCAAAGGAAAAGAAUUGGAGAAAGGCGGAAGGAGGAGCAACGAUUUUGGAAGAAGUUACCGAUGAAGGAGAAUCAAACUCAAAGGGACUUCCUUUAGUGACAUAUCAGCCACCAUCAGAUGGAACAGCAAGCUCUAAUGACAUAAACGAUUUCUUGAGAAACGCAGAUAUGUUGAAAUUCUGCCUUGAUGAGAAUCAUGUGCCGUUGAUCAUACCUGAUCUGUAUGAUGAUGGGGCAUGGGAGAAGCUUUUGUUGUUGAGUCCUUCAUCGAAGAAGAAGAAGAAGAACAUUGUGAAGAAAGGAAAAGAUGAUGCGACGUUGGAGGAGAAAGAGGAGGAGGAGGAUGGAGCAAUGGAGUUAGACAACAAGAGCCGUAUGCUUGAGCUGAUACAAGAAGAGAUGGAGAAACAAGAUGACUUUGAAUUUGGACAGCUUUCUCCUGAGAAGUCUAGGAAUCUUGAGAUUCUUACAGAGCAGAUGGGCUUGCUGGCUUCAAAUCAAUAG